AUGGAGCCGCCCAAAGAGGCGCCGAGGCUUUCCAACACGUUUGAAAACCGCGAUGGACGCCUCCAUUCUCCGUUCGCUGCCCAGUUUCCACAGAAGAGUGCCCCUGGCUACCCGGAUGCCAUGCACGUCAGAGGGGCUGAGUAUCCUUCGGUCCGUCAUGGUCAGGACCAUGGCAGGACGGCUUUGCCCAAGGAUAAGAACAAGGAGGGCACCGGGUACCGGCUGCUCAACAUGCUGAGAAAAACUCUGAAAGGGUCUGAGAGUGAAGAACUGGAAGUAACACCUGAAAUACCAACUUUGGUGCCAUUUGGGGAUGUGGUUGGCUGCCUGGCCAUACAUAUAAAGAAUUGCAGACAUUUUAUGUCUAAGAUCAGUUCACAACAUUAUACUAAUUUGUUCAUUCGCAUCUCUAUUAACAAUGUUGUGAAAUCUACAAAACUUUGCAGCUUGCUAUCGAGAAACGAUGAAAAAGUCAGUGUAAUUAAGUUUGAUGAAGUGAAGUAUUUUUCUAUAAAGGUUCCCAGACGUCAAGAUGAUGAGCGGAAUAAUAUUUACCUGGAACUAAUGCAACAUGACAGUACAGAAAAAUAUCCUCUCUUUUUAGGGAGCUCUGAAUUACAUCUUUAUGAAGUAAUCCAGAAAGGGUGCUUUACUGAAGAAUUGCAAAUGAUGAAUAAAAACACAUUUAUCUGCAGGGUGGAAGUGGAAUUUAUGUUCUCCUAUGGAAACUUUGGUUAUGGAUUUUCUCAUCAGUUAAAACCUCUUCAGAAAAUUAUUGAGCCAUCUAUGUUUAUGAAAGUUGCACCACCUCCAGAAAGAACAGAUCCCGUGACAAAUGUUAUUUUACCACAGCCAGUAGAAUAUCCAGCAUUUUUAUCUCCAGACCUGAAUGUUACUGUUGGGAUUCCAAAUACCAUGCCCCAGCUGAACCAACCAUCCAUGGUGCGGCUUGAAAAGCUACAGCAACAACCCCGGGAAAGGCUGGAACAAAUGAAAACAGAAUAUAGAAAUCUGAGGACAUGGAUGGAAAAAGUUGGCUAUUUAGACAAAAUUAUUAACCCAAAAUUGGAAGAUAAAGAUUCUAAGGAAAUCAUGAAUGUGGAGGCACUUGAAAGCCAGCAUAGUAAUCUGUUUGACAAGAUGCCUGAAGAUACUCUAACAUUAGUGUCAUUUUCGGUGACAGCUAUUCGAGGAGUCCAAAGCCGUAUCUCUUUUGCAGCAUGCAAUUCUGCGGCGGUUAAGCCUGAGGUCUUGAGCGUUAAAAAGUUGAGAGUGAAGAGAGCUAUGGCGGAGCAUAUCAAUGAAAACCUGGAUAAAGCAUCAGCUUGUCGGUUACCCUCAGCCAUGGGCCCCGGGAGGUGUAUUCCAAGGAGAUGUGGACAGUUGAAUGUGUCCUCUCUCCAACUGUUCUGUGACCAGAGCAUAGACCGCAAGCAACUUCUCUUUCGAAAGGGGCCAUUGAGGAACCCAUAUAGGGUCUUUACCUAUUCAGGUUAUUGUCAGGUCUCACAAUGGCCCCCGGGGAAAACCCAGACCACAACGAUCCAUUUGCCCAGUCGCCGGGAUGGGGCUUGGCCACCAGAGAAAUUGUGCAAUGGUAUUUCCAUUAUUGAUUACAAUGGGCCCGUGCUGGGCGCUGGCGAGAAGGAAAAACUUACUAGCAGGAUUGAAACAGGUACCAGCCCGAUUGCUGGCACGCCCGGCACGCUCAUUUUGAGUCUCGAGCCGCGCCGAGUAUACUCCAGCUGCGACAUCAUCCUGCACAUCUCUGCAAAUUUUCAUGAAAGUUGUUACAUCUUUGUGCUGCCAGGGUCGCAGCGCCUCACGGCAAUGCUUGUUCGCAUUUUUAUAGGCCAAUCUGCGAAGAGGAGGAGGAAGAGGAGGACGUGGCCUCGCCAUCAGAGGGAUAACCCGGAGGUGGCCCGUCCCCCCACCAAGGUUCUGGGUGCUCAGGUUCUGGUGGGGCUGAGGGCACCACUGCGGGCCUCCUAUGCCCAGUUUGAUGUUCCUCCUGAAGACAAGGAAGAUACUCCAACUGAGUUACCAGACAGUGAUGAAAAGGAAGACUUUACUAUACCAUAUUUGAAGCAGUUAUAUCAUGAUGAUGCAAUUGCUGGUACUCCUAAAAGUGAUGGGUCAACAACUCUAUCCACAGAUACUGCAUUGCCCUCUGUUCCUAGCCUGGAAAUAACAGAAGGAAAAAAAAUACAACCUUUAUCUGAACACCUAUCAGAAGAUGUGCCAGGUGGAAAAAUGAAAAAUUUACUGUUUCCUCCGGACGUAAAAUCAUGCAGUAGUAAUCCAAGAAUUUUAAAAGCAGACUCAUCUCUAGCAGAGGUGGCUUUUUCACCAAAAGAAAACAAUUCACCAUUUUUCAGGCCACUAUAUAGAGAAUUCACACCAGAUUAUCAGGUGAGUCCUAAAUAUUAUUUUUUUCAAUUUCAGAAAUUCCACUUGGGCAGUUUUGAUCCUUUUCUAAGGAAUAUAAACAACAAAAUGUCAGACAGAAUAAAGAAAGACAAAUAUAUAUACAAAAGUAGAAGCCUUUUGUAUGCAGAAGAGAUAGAACUUGAAGACCAAGACCCUCCUUAUCCAACAUGUUCACAACUUGCAGAACCUACUGUGACAUCCUGGGCUCAUGACCCUGGCGUCACAAUGAAGACUUUAAACCCUGAGGAUAAGGUAGCUCCUGAUCCUACUGUCAACUCAGUAAAGACUUUAGACACUAAGGAUAAAUUACCAAGGGAAACACUUCCAAAUGUAUUUUUGCCAAGCUUCAAAAGAGAAUCUUCAGUGACUGAAAAUGUAAAUAAGGGUCACAUCUCAAAGUCAUUAAGUCCCACUUCCCAUAUAGAAAAAUUAAGACAAUCAAUGGUACUCAAGUCAGUUUUAAGUAAAAAUCUCCAAGAGCUUUCAGACAAACUAUUUUCUAAGCCACAAGUUCCUGUAAACCCAGAAGCAAUAAAGAAAAGUAGUUCUUCACAUCUGAGCUUUCACAAUGAACCAGCAAGUAGCAUAGAAGACCCAGUAUUUGAAAAAAUCCAAGAUUUACACAGCUGGCUUUCAGAAAAAGACAUUUUAAAUUCAAAGUCUCUUUUAAGUCAGGUAAUUAAAAAUGUUUCUACGGAUUUUCUUUCAGAAGAUGGACCAGGAAAAUCUCCAGAGGUAGCAGAAUCUGUCUCCGAAAAAUACUUGGAGGCUGAUGAAAUAGAUUUUCCGAUGACAAAAAAGAGUAGUUUCAAAAAGAAACAUUUAAUAAGUGAAGUAUCAAGCUGCAAAUCAAGUUUCCAUGGUUCUGUGCCUGACUGUGUGAUAAAGCAAAUAUUCACGGCCCCAAUGUCACGUUUGGAGAUGGGAGUGACAGAAUCAAGUGAGGCAGACAUGAACUUGCAGGACCAGCUUCCCACGCGGUGGGGCGGAAGCUUAUCUUCACAUGUUCUGGUUCACUAUGGGGAAGAAAAUGAUGAAAUAGAGUUGCCACAGUCCAAAUCCGCGGUCAGUCAGAUAAUACAAGCAUUUCCUAUAGAGACUCUUUUAGAAUCUGGGCUAAUCAAAGUGAUAGAAUUAGAUAAAGAAUACCAGAGGAGUUCCUUGCUGGAUACAGCGGCAGCCUCUCGAGAAGAGCCAGAGUAUUCCACAGCGGGUUUUACAGAAAUCAAAAGCACAGCAGAACCUCUUUCAAGGCAGAACACACCCACCAUUCCCAAGGAAACUGCUUUUUCCAGUAGAGUUGGAUUGCUAGAGGAAGAUCCAAAGAUGCCCCCACAGCAUUCAGCAUUUCAUUUAAGACCAGAGAAGAAACCAGUUUUGCCAAGUAACGGUCACCGGCUUGACAGAGAAGAAAACGAUCUCAGUUCGAUUUUAGAAAACUUGAGUAACUCCAUAAUGAGCAAGCUGGACGACUCCGACGCUGUGAUGCUGAAAUCCUUCCUGAGAAGCAUCCUGAAAGCCUUUUUCACACACAAUCAGUCAGAAGUGAGAAGACAGCCAGAAAAAGAAUUAGAAAGACUAAUCAAAAAUGAUUUUCCAAGCUUUACAGAACAUCUUGAAGAAACCCCGGGGAAUCUGAAAAAGGCAGACACGUUACACAGAAAACCUGUUUUGAAUGCAAGACUGCGUGUGUUCCUAGAAGAACUCUCAGAGACGGAAGUGAAAAAUUUAAAGUCUGAAUUAAGUAAACAGAUCCAGCAUUACCUUGUAGAGAGACUGUCAGAAGCAGGCCAUAUUGCCAAGGAGGACCUACCAAAAAUCUAUCAAAAUUUGUAUUUGAUGAAUGAGAAAGCAGACCUAAAAGCACAAAACGACUUCCAGGAGAAAUACUCAGAAACUGUAAGACAAAUCAUGUCUUUUGUAAAUAAUUUUAAUCAUCACUUCAUAGAUAAGCAUUUAGAAAUAAAGCUAAGAUCCUUUCUAAAUGAAAUUCUCCAAAAUUACUUCCUAAAAAAUCUUUCAGAGAGCAGCUUAUUUAGGGAGACAGAAUCUGAAGCCAUACACAACAACAUAGCUUCUCUAAGAACUAAAAGUGCUCCCCUAUCCUAUCCUGAAUUAGGACAAGAGAUUACAAGUGGGAGUUUCGGUAGAAGGCUUGAAAUAAACAUGAAAUAUCCCUUAAAUAAAUCUCUACAAAAAUACCUUCUCGCUUUAUCAGAAAAUGAAUUAUUAAGUCUGAAAGCGGAUUUAAGCAAACACUUUCAGAGCCUUUUUAUAGAAAAACUUUCAAAAGCAGGACUGGUGACAGAAAGGCAGUUGGAGGGGAUCAACCAUCAUUUACGUUUGCUGAAUUCUAGUUCCACACCAUUAAAAUGCAUAAAGUCAGCUUUACCUGUUAGAGACGACAACCACUUGAUGGCGGAGCAUUCAGAAAAGGAAAACAAAUAUUCAAAAACUGUGCCAAAAAACACUCUGCAAAAGACUCCUAAGGAUCAAUGUGUAGAAACAAAGUUGAUCAGAAGGGAAGACAAUGAUUAUUUUUUCCUACACAAUUUAAAGGAAAAUCCAGCAACCAUCAAGGAAGAUAAAAGUUACUACCCAAGAGAGGAGGCUAAAACAUUAAGUUUAGUAAAAAUACAGCCCUCUUCCAACAAAAACAUCCAGGCAAUUGCACUAAACAAGUCACCAGAAAGACUUACAGAUAUGUUGCUCAAGAAACCCAGAAAAGAGCAUGGUUCUGUGCAGUUUCCUCAGGCUGAACAGUCUCUCUGUAAAACAGAGCAUCAAGACCCAUAUGGUUGGGGUAGUAAAUCCAAAGUGACUCAGUCAAAAGCUUGCUUUGACAUGACACUGAAAAUGAAGCCGCUUGAGAAAAAAGAGCAUAUUAACAUUUAUAAACUGACUGUUCAGGAGAGACCUAAAGCAGUAUUGUCACCGUACCCGAGAAUUCCUAAUUCCAAAAUACCAAGAGAAGAUGAAAAACACUUAGACAGACUCACUUUCCCUUCUUGGCAGACAAACACGUUAGGCUAUUUCAAUUCAGAGACUGGGGAAAAACCAAAACAAGAACAGUACUGUCAGAGAUUAAAAGGAAAUAACAACAACAACAAGAGACACGUAGUGACAUUUGCGCAGUAUAGUCAAGAAAUACAAAGUCUUUAUUUAAGCCCAAAUGAAAUCUGUGACGAAAAAUAUGCCAGGAUUCCUGAAUCACAAUCCUUUAAGAUUAUAGAAGACAGGGAAGACUCAAGGUCGUCCUUCUUCCCUGAAGUCCUGAAGAGAGAAAAUCUGAAACUCAAGGUCCGAAAAGAAAGGGACUAUGCCGCCAAACCAAAGAAGUCAUUUAACAAGGUAGUCAGGAUGCUGCCAAGCGCACUGCCCACCACGAGGAGUCAUCUGCGGAAGUCCGUUCCAAGAACGCUACUUCACUGGACUGCAAGAAGAACUAUACAUGAUUGUUCAGAUAAAUUUGAGGAUUUACCUGUGACCUCUUUAAAGCAUCUUACAAAAACAAAAUCAAGAGCAAGGCUUUUAGGAAAGAGCCCAGAUGAUAGCCAUAAUCAGGCAAAACACUCCGCAAGACCAUACACCGCUCCAGAGCACUACAAACGGCGAGAAAACCACACUGCAAGAUUCGGAGGUCCUCGAAUGGUUUCAGCAGGCUUAGUUCAUAUAAAUGAUACAACCAUAGAUUAUGAAAUACGUAAAAUGCAUCCCCCCAAAAAAUUAAAGGAGGAUAUUGAAAAAUGUUCGCUUAUUUGUGAUAUUAUCCAAAUGCUAAACAGUUCAAAAUGA